AGCCAGAGCUCUGACCAGGCGCCUGUCCCUCCUCCUUGUCCCGAGCAGCCGCCGUGAAGUCCCGAGCCGGCGGGAGCCCCGCGCUCAGCAUGUCGGUCGCGGUCAGCAACAGGUUCCAAGGAGGGAAGGCGUUCGGCAUGCUCAAAGCCCGGCAAGAGAGGAGGCUGGCGGAGAUCAACCGGGAGUUUCUCUGUGACCAGAAGUACAGCGAUGAAGAGGACCUGCCAGAAAAGCUCGCUGCUUUCAAGGAGAAGUACAUGGAGUUUGACCUGAACAAUGAAGGCGAGAUUGACCUGAUGUCUUUAAAGAGGAUGAUGGAGAAGCUUGGGGUCCCCAAGACCCACCUGGAGAUGAAGAAGAUGAUCUCAGAAGUUACGGGUGGGGUUAGCGACACCAUCUCCUACCGAGACUUUGUGAAUAUGAUGCUGGGGAAACGGUCAGCUGUCCUCAAGCUAGUCAUGAUGUUUGAAGGAAAAGCCAACGAGAACAGUCCCAAGCCAGUUGGCCCCCCUCCAGAGAGAGACAUUGCCAGCCUGCCCUGA